CCGCGCUGGAUGGCUGGCGAAAUGAGUGUCAAUAGAUGUGACACCGGAGGUUGGUGACACAUAACCUGGCAUUGUUCUGGUCGUGAGGUCGGUGCAGCGGGCGCGCCGCACAGGGAGCGCAGCGGCGGCGCUGCAGAGAGGGGAAUUGCCGCCGCCAUGGAAGGGAAAGCGACUGACCAGCUGCUGUGCGACAGCCUCAUCCUUUGGUUGCAGACAUUCAAUACUGCUGAAUCCUGUAAAGAUGUUCAGGAUUUAACUAAUGGGGUUGCUAUGGCACAAGUACUUCAUGAAAUUGAUGCUGCAUGGUUUGAUGAAGCUUGGCUAAGCCGUAUUAAAGAAGAUGUUGGUGACAAUUGGAGAAUAAAGGCCAGUAAUUUGAAGAAGGUUCUUCAGAGAAUUAUGGAUUAUUAUCAUGAGUUUCUUGGCCAGCAGAUUUCAGACAAUCUCCUUCCUGAUUUAAGUCGGAUAUCUGAACAUUCAGAUCCUGUACAAUUGGGCAGGUUACUGCAGCUUAUUCUUGGCUGUGCUGUCAACUGUGAAAAGAAACAAGAACAUAUACAAGUUAUAAUGACACUAGAAGAGUCUGUUCAGCACGUUGUCAUGACUGCUAUACAAGAGUUAAUGAGCAAAGAAAUAGUCGGCUUUGUUGCAAGUGACUUGACUGGUGAUCUGGAACAACAGUUGAAGAGAACACUGGAAGAACUUAAUGAAGUACUUGCAGAAAAAGAAGAACUGAAGCAAAGAUGUCAAGAGCUAGACCUACAGGUGGCAGCCCUUCAAGAGGAAAAGAAUAGUUUACUGUCCGAAAAUGAGAUCAUGAAUGAUCGAUUGGACCAGUUGGAUGACUCUCUUGAUGAUACAAACACUGCAGUUACAAAAAAGUAUUUUCAUGCACAGUUACAGCUGGAACAACUGCAAGAAGAAAACUUCAGGCUUGAAGCUGCAAAAGAUGAUUACCGGGUUCAUUGUGAAGAGCUUGAGAAACAACUGGUUGAGCUUCAGCAUCGGAAUGAUGAACUGACUGGUCUGGCAGAAGAAUCCAGGGCAUUGAAAGAUGAAAUUGAUGUUCUUAGAAUGUUUGCAGAUAAGGCAAGUAAGCUGGAAUCAACUGUUGAGAUGUACCGGAAAAAACUGGAGGAUCUGAAUGACUUCCGCAGGCAGGUGAAAUCUCUGCAGGAAACAAACAUGAUGUAUAUGCAUAAUACAGUUAGUCUAGAGGAAGAGCUAAAGAAAGCAAAUGCAGCUCGUGCCCAGCUGGAAACAUAUAAAAGGCAGGUCCAAGAACUGCACAACAAACUGUCUGAAGAGUCCAAAAGAGCUGAUACACAGGCAUUUGAACUGAAACAACUAGAAGAAAAGCAUGGAACAUUACUUAAAGAAAGAGAGAGGUUGAUAAUACAGCGUGAUGCACUAAAAGAGACAAAUGAAGAACUUAGGUGUUCACAAAUGCAGCAGGAUCGCCUCAACCAAGCAGAUUCAUCUGUUGUGACAAGUCAUGAAAAUCUUGCUGCUGAAAUUCUACCUGUUGAAUAUAGAGAAAUGUUUAUUCGGCUACAGCAUGAAAACAAAAUGCUCCACUUACAGCGGGAGGGGUCAGAAAAUGAACAGAUUAUAGAACUUCAAAAGAAGCUAGAACAAAAGCAUCGGACAAUAAAUGUACUGGAAACAGAAAACAGGCUGAACAAGGAGCGUAUUGGAGAGUUGCUGCAACAAAUUGAAGACCUUCAAAAGACCUUGCAAGAGCAAGAGUCCAAGCCAGAAGGUGAUGGGUCGAGCCAGUUGAAGCAGAAGAUAGCAGCACAUAUGGAAAAACUGAGUGAAGUCCAUGAUGAAUUGCAGAAGAAGGAGGCUCUUCUUGCAGACCUCCAACCAGAUCAAAAUCAAAAUGCACAAAAAGUUGAAGAAUUGGAAGCAGCUUUGCAUAAGAAAGAUGAAGAUAUGAAAUCAAUGGAAGAGAGAUAUAAAAUGUACUUAGAAAAAGCGAGAAGUGUGAUAAGAACCUUGGACCCCAAACUAAAUCCAGCAUCAGCUGAAAUCAUGUUGUUGCGAAAACAACUGCACGAAAAAGAUAAAAGAAUAGAAGUACUUGAGGGAGAAUGUAAAUUGGCUAAGAUCCAUGACCACGAAGAACAAUUAAUUGUAUCUGCAUGGUAUAACAAGAGCUUAGCUUUUCAUAAGCUAGGCAUGGAAUCCAGGCUGAUAAGUGGGAGCGGUGGCCUGCCUGGGCGCUCUUUCCUCGCACAACAACGUCAUGUCACCAAUACCCGAAGAAAUCUCUCUGUUAAAGUACCUGCUGCAGCAUCAGAUUAAAUCAUCGAGGAUAUUUGUGCACUAAAGUGUCCUUAAAUUAUUUUGUAACUCCUAUUUUAAACUACCUGGCAGAUGAAGAGGUUGUGAUGCUGAGCAUCAUGUAUUUUACAUGUAAGACCUAUUUGUUAUGCUGGUAAAUUAAAUGUAGCUAACUAUUACAGAAAGCAAUGCAUAUCUGUCAACUUUUUCUUGAUUUUAAAGACUUAAGGUACAUGAUCAGAAGCACAGCUGUAAAGGAUUUAUAUUGUUUUCAUAGUGUCAUGUUUAUGAAUUCCAAUAAUUUGCAUCAUGUUGAAAGUUCUGUUUAAAUGUUUUUGGUCUAAUUUGAUGUACUGGCAGCAAUUUUAUAUAAAUGCCCUGUUCCUAAUGUUUUGCAUGCAUCUGGGGCUGGCAUCACUGUGAUAUGCCUCUGAAGUGUGUAACAGACUUCCCUCUGUGAUGAAGAUGCCACCUCUGAAGAUGCCAGCCACAGAUGCAGGCGAAACAUUAAAAACAAGAUCCACCAGACCACAGCCACACAGCCCAGAAAACCCACCAGAACCACUUCAAGUACGAUUAAUUCUGUCAUAAUGGAUUAGAGUUUUGCUUUGUUUCUGGUAAUGUCCUGGUCAAGCACAGAAUCCCAGCCCUAUAUUAAACUACAGUUCAGAUUUUAUUAAUUUUUGCAUUCAUUAAAUCUGAUUUAACUUAUUUGUGGCAAUAAUUGCAGUAUUAUAUGCUUUGGUUUUAGAUUUUAGUCUUCAAAGUCUUAAAAUAUUCUCUUACAAUCUGAUGUCAUGAUACACUAAAAUACUAACAGUUCAAGUUACUGACUGAGACUUCUAAGUUUCCAUGUUCUGUUAACUACCUGUCGAGUUUUCAUAUCCCUUAUUAUUAUAGUGAUCUUGCUGCAUUGUGUUUCUGGGGUGUCUGACUGCUCUGACUUGGUAUGACAUAAUUAAUGCAGAUGUCGUAGCAUGAUGCUUAAUGUUUUUGAUACCGUAGUAUAUUUUUGUAAUUCAGUAUGACUCUCAAUUGCACUGAAAAACUCCAUAGAUGAGAUUCCACAAGCACAGUAGAUUUUAAUGGCUUUGAUUUUUUAUUCAUUUUCUCCCAUUUAUUUUCUUUGUCCUAAAAUGGUAUGGCCAUAAGCUAGUUCAAGUUAGGUAUAAUUAAGUACUGUUAGAAGUCAUGGCAUUUACUUGUUCCUUGAAUUUUUCCUUGAAUUUUUACAAGAUUGAGUCAGAGCUACUUGUGAUUUGGAUUGGGAUCCACUAGAAUCUUUAUAUUCAAAAGUCAAAAAAAUGGCUUUAUUUUCACCAACUUGAACUACUUUUCCGCAAUGCUGUUUUGAUCCUAGACAGUAACAGAGACAAAACAGAAUCUAAGGGAAAAGACCAUUUGACUUUGGAAAGUGUUUUUCCACCAAAAGAAGGGCCAAACCAAGCAUACAAUACUGCAGAAAAUGGGUAUUAUGUAGUUUUUUCCUGCUCCUCCUCUUUACCUUGUCAUGUUAAAUACUUGCUUCUGGCGAUGGAGCAGGGAGACACCAUAUAUUGCAGUGAUGGUGAACCUUUUGGAGACCGAGUGCCCAAAUUGCAACCCAAACCCCACUUAUUUAUCACGAAGUGCCAACCCGGCAAUUUAACCUGAAUGCUGAGGUUUUAGUUUAGAAAAAACUG